UGGAAUGAAUUGACUACCUCCCGCUCUUAAACAAAAUGAGAACAACAGCCUGUGAUACUUGUGCUGAAGAGUUAGAAUAGAUUUAUAGAGAAAAGUCUAAAGAUAGCAAAAAGCUAUGAAUGACUGCUGUGGAUUUCCUGUUGUAUGAAGAAAUCAGUCACAAUGACUCUACAGUGGACGGCUGUGGCUCUCUUCCUCUAUGGAGAAAUAGCAGUCAACCUCAUCUUGUGUUUACCCUUCAUAUCAGCAAAGAGAUGGCGUUUGGUUUUCAGCUGGAGAAUAUGGAACUGGUUAUCGCCAUAUUGGAACAAAUGCUUCUUUACUAUGAUCAUGGUCCUUAUUGUUCUGUUCCUGGAUGCUGUCCGUGAGGUGCAGAAGUACUCGGGUCCUGAGCCCAUGCAAGAUGCCAAGGUGAACCCCAAUGUGUACGACCACGUCCACAUGAAGCUGUUCAGAGCCCAGAGGAACCUCUACAUAUCUGGCUUCUCUCUCUUCCUCUGGCUUAUCAUGCGUCGGGUUGUCACCUUGCUGAACCAGGUUGCCGUCACUUUGGAGAGCAGUGCAGGCCUUCAGGUGCAGAUGGACUCUGCUAUCAAAGCAGCCAGGCAGCACCAGGAGGACAACCGGAUGCUCAAACAAGCUCUCCUGGAUGACGAAAAAUCCAUGUCAGCAAAAAACCAGCAACUGAAGCUGGAGGUUGAAAAACUGGCAGCUCAACUGAAGGCUGCAGAGGAGGCUAUGCGCAAGUCUCAUGCUGAAGUGGAAGCCAUGAAGAGGCAGGCGAAAGGUCUGGCACAAGAGUAUGACAGACUAUUAAGGGAACACCAUCAACUCCAGAAUCUCCAGGGUCCUGAAGACAAAAAGGAUCAGUAACCACAGGAAUGCAGUCACGCUUGUUUUCUGUGUUGUUUCUCCUAUCUAUGGAUGCCUUUUCUCCUCAUUACACUAGAACUGAGUGCUGAAUGCAUUCGACCACCAGAAGCCAUAUUUGUAUUAUCAUUUUCAUUUAAGCCUGAACCAAGGCACGGGAUUUAACAAGCGAUAGACUGCAGUUUACAGGAUAAACACACUGGUAAUGUUUUCAAAUGCUGAAAAUUCUUCUUACGAAACUCUGUAUUUUGAACACACACACUGUCUUUUUGUAUGUUGCUUUAAUAAGUAUUCACUCUACAAAUGAAUAGAAAUAUUGUCCUUAUUUUACCCCAGGGGGCUCAUGCUUAUUGUGAAUAUUAAUAUUUAAAAAUGACUAAUAUCUGAUAAGUACCUCAGACCACCAUGCUAGUAUUCUCCUGUCAGCACACAAUGACCAAUGUAGAUAUUUUGGAACUACGUUAUUGCCAGUAUUUAUAGUAGUAAUGACUACUAAAUCACUGAUUGGACAACCAUAACAGUGUCUGUCACACAGCUAUCUCACAUCUGUUUGGAUUUGUUAUAAACCUACAAAAUAGACAAAAGCUGUUAAAUUCUUUUUAAAGUUCAGGGAGAGGGUUGCACUGGACGUGAUGAUUAUUAACAUCUUUUUAACAGUUCAAAUUCUUACAAAUACUGUAAAUAGUCUCUUUUUUGAGCUGCCUUUUAACCUUACUAAGCUUUCUGCAUGGUGGAUUGUCCUUCAAGCCAUGAUACAUAUAAUGUAGCAAACUGAUUUUGAGUUUGUUGACAGUUUGGUUGGUAUGUGACAAAGGCAUGGGCAUUGAAAAUAAAGAAAACCGUUCAUAGUGUGUUC